AUGUGCAGACGCAGACAUUGUAACAACCAUUAUAAUUGCCGCUACAACGUUCACGAUGCCCUUUCCGAAUGGGCUUUGACCACCUGGGCUAACAAUUGGAACUCUCCUCACAACUCCCUCCAUUCUGCAUCUACUGCAUUUUCUCGUGAAUAUUCUCACCCGGGGCGUUCGCACCUUUCGCGUCACGAGUUAGAGAAGCAGACCACAGCACUCCAGCGCAUGUUUCCAAAUUACAGUUCUAACUUUAUCCGGUCAUGCCUAGAACAAGAAACUUCAAAUCAUACUCAACGGGUAGCCAAUAAGUUGGCAGAGAUGGCAAAUACCGGAUCAUCGAUCAAUACUAGGAGAGAAGAGGAUCAACCGAUACAGGCAUUUCCUACUGAAGAUGAUGCUCCUCCACCGUAUGAGGAAGCUGUGUUGACAGCGCCUGUUGAGGAAAGUAAUCAGCUACCUUCUUAUGGUGAAUAUAUAUCCACAGAUGACUGGCAUAUCAGCCACGAUGGGAAUCACCAUGGAGGACUUUCCGUGAGAAAUAUAUUCGGCAAGCUGACAUCAUCACCCGUCGAUAAAGCAUGUACUAAGCGGAUCUCAACAUGGAGACGCCCUGUUCCUCGGACUUUUCGGCGAAGACAGUUAUCUCGCAACUGCCGUGUAUCAACAAAGAAAGGACAUUUUCUACUCAGCGGAUUUAAAGAAGCAUAUCCUUCGUCUGAACUCGCAUUACACGAUAUCAACCCAUCGGAUUGGAAUAGUUUUAUCGACGGGUUGAACUCUGUUGUUGGAAUGCGCACAAUUACAGAACUUCCGAUUCUCGGUCGUAGAAAACUCGUUCGCCUGGGUUGGAAUAUCCUGGUUAAGUGUAUAGCUGAUAAGGAGCAGAUAGCAAUCACUGUUGCCAAAGUGCGCGAUUACAUAUCCAGAUGGAAUCGGAGUUUCUUCAUACCUAGAAACAUAACAGUUGAAUUAGUUGAAGCAAAUACGUCGGCUCAUCGGUUGAGAAGGCAGGGAAGAGAUGUUUAUCAUUUACUAGUUAGAUCAUGCUAA